AUGUCAAGGAGGUCUAGAUUAAAAGGAAAAGAAAUUCUUGAGACUGAGUCUUUGUCCAGGCAGCAUUCAGCAGGUGAAGACUCCCUUAAUGAAGACGAGAGUGUUUUAGAAAAGGGCGUUAAAAGGAUAAGGCUUGAAGAAAGACUAAGUCAAGAAGCCUCUGUUGCCUCUUCUUCGAGGCGUAGUUCUAACAUUGAGAAACUUUCAAGACAAAAGGCAUAUGAAGAGUUCCAAAUUGGUUCUAUUGUUCGAGUGUGUCUAAAGAAUUUCGUCACAUACGAUUCUGUAGAGUUUUUUCCUGGACCUAAUCUUAAUAUGAUCAUUGGUCCUAAUGGGACAGGAAAAAGCACAAUUGUAUGCGCAAUUGCUUUAGGUCUUGGAUGGAAUACAUCACUUCUGGGACGUGCAAAGGAGAUUUCAGAUUUUGUUAAACACGGCCAAGAACGCGCAUCAAUUGAAAUUGAAUUAAAAAACAGAGGUAGAAAUGUUGUAAUUACGCGUAUGAUCCGAAAAUCCAAUAACACAUCACAAUGGAAAUUAAAUGGGCAACUUGUAACCCAUCGUGAAAUUUCUAGCAAAGUAAAUUCACUUAAUAUUCAGGUUGACAAUCUUUGUCAAUUUCUUCCUCAAGAUAAAGUGAGCGAAUUUGCGCAGAUGUCACCGUCCGAGUUACUUGUGCAAACUCAGAAGGCAGUUGGUGAGAAAGAAUUAAUUGAAUGGCAUGACACUCUUAUUCAGUUAAGAGAAGAAGAAAAAUCUCUCACAACAUCAACUAAAGCCGAUAAUGAGCAGGUAGAAAAUCUUGAAAAAAGAAAUUCAGUUCUGGAAAAGGAUGUAACACGCUUCAGAGAGAGGGAAGCGAUAUUGAAACGGAUUCGAUUAUAUGAACUACGUAUACCCUUCGCUCGCUACGGUGUUGCGAAACAUUUGUAUGAUGUAGCAAAGCAAAAACGUGCUGAAGCUCACUUAGAAUACCAAAAUCUUGCUAAAGAGAAUGAACCUGCAAACGCUAAAAAAAGUGAACUUGAAGAAUUAGUGUCACGGACUGCCAAAGAGAAAAAAAGAUGCACUGAAUCGUAUAGCACAAGAAAACGAAAAAUGGAAGAAACGGCAACUAAAUUAGAACAAUCGGAAGCAACAAGUGAGAAUAUUCGAAAGGAUUUAGCGGAUCUCAAGAAAAAGGAGAGAACAAGAAAAAAUCGUAUUGCUCAACUUCGUACUGAAAUCAAUGAAUUGGAAGAAAGAACUAGAACACCACCUUUAGGAAGCGAUGACUCCGAUAUUCGACGAAAAAUGGAAGAUGUAAUACGCCGUUUAAGGGAAUUACAACCACAACUCAAAGAGCUUGAUGACGUAAAACGACGUCGUCUUGAAACUAUUCGGCGCGUUGAUUAUGAUACUUUUCGUGCUUAUGAAUGGUUACAGCAAAACCAGGAAAAAUUAAAUGGGCGCGUUUUUGGGCCAGUUUGUAUGGAAAUAAACAUUAAAGAUAUGCAAUACGCUGAUGCAAUAGAGAAUGCGCUGGGAAGCGCUAAUAAGACUUUCGUGUGCGAAAUGGAACAAGAUUAUCAUACUAUUACCAGAGAACUUUGCGAUAAUCGCCGCAUGAGAAUAAACGUUUUUUAUCCUAGAGCAACCAUGGAUUCGUUUCCUCAUCCCAUAUCACACCAGCAGCUUAGAUCAUAUGGUUUUGUAAACUACCUUCUGGAUCUAAUAGAAGCACCUCCGCGGUUGCAAGUCGCACUUUGUGAUAUGUCUAAAUUGCAUGCGAUUCCUUUGGCGAGGAAUGAGUCGGAUAUCAACCAUGAUGUUAUUAAAAGCAACAGGGCCUUUUUUAAAUAUUAUGCUGGAGAAACCUCUUAUUCGGUUUCGUUUUCUAAAUAUGGUCAAAGGUUUUCACAAGUCUUCACGAACAGAAUAAAACCAUCAAGGUUCUUAACUGCAACAAUGAACAUCGAAGAGAAGCAUGAACUUGAAAGGCAGCUUCAGGAAUGUCAGAUAAAGCUAAAUCAAUUUGACCAAUCGCUUUCUGAUUUAAGGAAAGAGUAUGGGAAUCUCCAAAAAUCCAUCGAGUUGUUGCAAAUUUUUGUUGCUGUUAAGAAUGCAAUCAACGAAGAAAAACGUAAAAAUCAACUUGCAUUAAGAGAAUUUGAAAAGUUGAAAGUUAGACUUGGUUCAAAAAGGGACCAAUUGCAGCGUGAACUUGACCAACCCGCUUCGAUGAUGAAUGAAGAAAAUGCAUUAAGGAAAGAAUUUAGCAAAAUCGCCAAAAAAAGAGGACAACUUGUUAUACAGUUCAAAAAAAUUAUGGAUGAAAGUAUGCAACUAUUUUCAGGACGAAUUUUGGCAACAUUAAAGCAUAUGCAAGCCUCAGCGGAUCUUAAUGCACUUGAAAGGCAAACUCAAGACAGGGAUGAGGCACUAAAACAGGCUCACACAAAGUUUUCAGAAGCUGAUGCAAGGUUUAAUAGUGCCAAAUCAGAAGCAAGACGUUUACUUAACGAAGCGAAUGCUGGAAUUGAGGGUAUUGAUACAGAGACUAGUCGCCAAUUACAAGAACUUAGUCAAGGAAUGACACUUGAAGAACUUGAAGAUGCUGUUGCGAGUGAACGUGCUAAAGCUGAUUUACACUACGCAAUUGAUUCACGUGUUAUUGAAACAUAUGAUGCAAGAAAAGCUGAGAUCGACUCAAUCAAAUCUAGGUUGUCAAUCAAGACAUCUCGAUUAGCGAAAUUAACUAGUGACAUAGAAACUUUGAGAGAAAAAUGGGAACCUCGAUUAAAUUCUUUAGUUAAAGAAAUUAGUAAAGAGUUUUCUAAUGCCUUUGACCGCAAGUAUUUUUGUAUUGGAUGUGCUGGUGAGGUUCGUGUCAGUACCCACGAAGAUUAUGAUAAGUGGGGUGUUGAUAUUUUGGUGAAAUUUAGGUUUGUACAUUUAGAUAUAUCACGAAAUAGUUCACAGCAUGUACAGGUUACUGAUAAUGAAUCCGUAAAUAGAGAUAAUGAAAGGCUUCAGGCAUUAACAGGCCAAAGACAGUCAGGCGGUGAACGGUCUGUUUCAACUAUAAUGUACUUAAUGGCAUUACAAGAGCUAUCUAAAACACCAUUUAGAGUUGUUGAUGAAAUAAAUCAAGGAAUGGAUCCUCGUAAUGAACGAUUGGUUCAUAGUCAGAUGGUUCAAACUGCUUGUCGACCUAAUACAUCACAAUACUUUUUAAUUACACCAAAGCUUCUACCAGACCUUCAGUAUCAUGAGAGGAUGAAAAUUCUAUGUAUAUAUAAUGGAGAAUGGCAACCUGAGACUAUGAACUGGAGAAAGUAUAUUGAAGAUAAGAAAAAAUCUAGUAAUUAG